AUGUCGACCUCCAACGUAGCCUGCGAAAAGACCUCCUCCGCGUCCUCCGUCGGACUCUUUGACCUUUCCGGCAAGACGGCCCUCCUCACCGGUGGAACGCGUGGUAUUGGUCAAGCCUGUGCCGUCGCACUGGUCGAAGCCGGAGCAUCUGUCAUCCUUGCCGUUCGACCUGGCAACGCUGCCUCCCCUCACCCCGCUCUUCUACCUCUCACCUCCGUCCCCAACCAAUCCUCUUGCCAAAAACAUUCUACCGUCGAAGCCGACCUGGCAGACCUCUCCUCCGUCAAAUCCCUCUUCGACCGAUCCCUCCCUCUCUCUGCCACUGGUGCCAUCGACAUCCUCAUCAACUGCGGUGGAAUCCAACGUCGACACCCAUCCACCGACUUCCCCGAAUCCGAUUGGGAUGAAGUUCUCAACGUCAACCUCAAAUCCGUAUGGCUUCUCUCGCAAGCUGCGGGUCGACACAUGAUCCCUCGUCGUUCGGGCAAGAUUAUUAACUUUGGUUCCCUCCUCACGUUCCAAGGUGGUCUCACGGUACCUGCUUAUGCCAGUGCAAAGGGUGCAGUGGGUCAGUUGACCAAGGCGUUGAGCAAUGAAUGGGCAAAACACAAUGUUCAGGUGAAUGGUAUUGCUCCGGGUUACAUUGCGACGGAUAUGAACGAGAAAUUGCUGGCGGACGAGACGAGAUUGAGGCAGAUCAGUGAAAGGAUUCCGGCGGGAAGGUGGGGUGAGCCAGCGGAUUUCAAGGGUCCGCUGCUGUUCUUGGCUAGUGGUGCAAGCCAGUAUGUUAGUGGUGAAAUGCUGGUUGUUGAUGGUGGUUGGAUGGGCCGCUAA